AUGGCCUCUACCUCAACCUCCAAGCCUCCCAAGAAGAAGACGAAGAAGACUACCGCAGAAGGAAGAAAGACCACGGCAGAGGCCCUCCAGGACCCUUCAGCCUCCACUUCAUCGGCUGCAGACCCGGCGGCAUCCGCCCCUCUGAAGCAACAGGAAGGCCAGAAGCCCGGUCCCGGUUCCCCUCCCCUGGAGCCCUGGAUGAGGCAGACGGUCGUCCUGAAGCUAAAGGAAGUGGACGGGAGAGCGGCGGACAUGAGCCAGGAUGUGUUUGGCAAGAAGAUGGUCCUGGAGCAGGGAUUUGCCAAACCGGAUGUGACGAGCAUCCACUCCUUCUUUGCUGGGAUGUUCUGGAUAACCUUCGCUUCCGUGACCAUCUGCAAGAGGUACUGGGAGAUGGGGAAAGCCACACAGCCGGACUCCCCCUUUCGAUGCUUUGUGGGCAGCUGCCCAGUCCAGAGAGAAGAAAGGAGAGUGACCGUCGCCAUGCGGAACCCACACAUCCCAGGCAAGAAUAUCGUCACCUACCUGAAGCGCUUCUAUACCGUGAUGAGGGACCCCACCCACAUCUUGGACGGAAACUGCUUCUGGACCGGCAAGUGGUCAGUCAUCGUCCGCCUGAACAGGGACUUCACAGACCCGGAUGGCGUGCAACACCUGCCCCCGACCUUCUCGUUGGGCAACUCCCAAGCGCUCGUCUACUACUCCGACAUGCCGCAGACCUGCAGGAAAUGUGGCAAGAAGGGGCACAGGCUGAGCGACUGCAAGGAAGUGGCCUGCUGGAUCUGUCGAGUGACAGGGCACGAAACCCGGGACUGCCCUAAGAGGACGGCAUGCAAAGUGUGGACUGGCUUCACACAUCUACAAGGACUGCCCACAAAGAGAACGCACAUGGGCAGCAGUCGCAGCCAGAGCACCGGCCAGGGGGAACCCCACCGCAGCCGCACCUCCGGCAGCAACAAGACCCAAAGCGAAGGAGUCCAAAAAGAAGGAGGGUAA